AUGUCUGAUCUAUUGCCAUUAGCUACUUACAACUUGAAAGUUGAGCCUUACACUCCAACUCCCGCCAUUGAUGUAACCGUUCCAGUGACAGUCAGAAUCACUUUGGCCGCUGUGGAUCCCGAGGCUGUUGACGAGGAAGACAAACCUUCGACUUUGAGAAUCAUCAAAAGAAACCCAGAUUUCGACGACGAUGAGGAUGAUCUGUUGGGCGGUGACUUUGACGAGGACGAGCUAGACGACGAGUCCGAAGAGGAAGAGGAAGAGCCUGAGGCCGUGCCAGAAAAGUCCAGCAAGGCUAAGAAGAGCAAGAAACAGCAGAAGCAACAAGAGGAAGAAGAAGAAGAGGAGGAGGAUGAGGAGGUUGACGAAGACGAAGAAGAUGACGAGGACGAUGAGGAAUUCCAGGAAUACGUUGUGCUGACUUUGUCUCCAAAGGUGCAAUUCCAGCAGACGCUGGAUUUGGUUAUCGCCCCCGAAGAAGAGGUCCAAUUUGUUCUCACUGGCUCGUACCCCAUCCACUUGACCGGUAACUAUGUCAAGCACCCUUUUGAUCAACCACAGUACGGCGACGAGGACUCUGAGGAGGACUCCGAGGACUACGACAGCGAGGAUUACGACCUGACCCCAGAUGAGGACGAGAUCCUAGAUGAUUUGGAGGAUGUUAGUGACGUCGAGGGCCGCAUUGAAGAGCUUGUCCAACAGGAGCAAGAACAGAAGUCCAAGAACAACAAGAGAAAACAAGAACCAGAGGUCGAAGAGGAGGUUGCUGAAGUGGCUCCCAAAGCCGCCAAAAAGGCCAAGAAAGUAGAAUCCAAGAAGGAAGAACCCAAGAAGGAGGAGUCUAAAAAGGACAAGAAGGAGAAGAAGGUUGAGUUCAAGAAAGACCUCGAAGAGGGUCCUUCCAAGCCAGCCAAGGAAGAAAAGAAACCCAAAACUCAGGCCCUAGAAGGUGGUAUUAUCAUCGAGGACCGUGUCGUCGGUAAGGGCAAGGCUGCCAAGAAGGGUUCCAAGGUUGGCAUGAGAUACAUCGGUAAGUUGAAGAAUGGCAAGGUCUUCGACAAAAAUACCAGCGGCAAGCCUUUCAACUUCAACCUUGGCCGCGGCGAGGUCAUCAAGGGCUGGGACAUCGGUGUUGCGGGCAUGGCUGUCGGUGGUGAGCGUAGAAUCGUCAUCCCAGCUCCUUACGCUUACGGCAAGCAGGCGCUACCUGGCCUUCCAGCCAACUCCGAAUUGACUUUCGACGUCAAGCUAGUGUCUAUGAAGUAA